AUGACGAACGAAAGGAUACACGACUCGACCACGUCAAACGUACUGGCGUGGUCUUCCCAGAGUGCACACAUGCAGCACGAACCCGAAGACGAGGCGGCCGCAGAAGUUGAUGAACCGCCCGAACACCACUACGAACCCGAUUUUAAGCGGACAGCUGUUCGCAAGCAGGCAGACCAUGCGCGGUCGCUUCUGACCAAGGCUCUGCACCACGAAUCCGACGACGAGGUCGAGCCGACCUCGUUCAGCUUUGGGACCUCGCCCUCGAGACGCCGGUCGAUGAACAGCACCUUCAGCCUUGCUUCCACCGCCGACCUUACCUGCGACACGGGACUCACCAGCCCUGCCAGAACAAACACGCCCAGCCCUCCCCCUCCCGUCGUUCAAUUGGGUCGGCUGAACCUAGGUUUCUUCGACUCCAAACCCAAGCCUGGCAAUGUCUCCUCGGGCAGCGUCAAGGCCGACACUACUCCGACCAAGAAAGCCACCGAAACCACCCCGGCCACGGAUCGCUCCAAGGACCCUGCCGUUGAAGCUUUAGCCAAGAAGCGAUGCAUCUCUUUCGCCUGUGGCCCCAAGGUGGAGGUCAAGAAGCCCGUUCCGUCACCCCAGGCAAGCUUGCCUAAGCAGGCGGCCCCUGCUGCACCUGAGCAGCCAGCUCAGCGACGGACCUGCAUCAAGUUCGCGUGCCCCUCGAAACCCUCAAAACCCCAGACUCCACCACAGAGGCAGCAGGUUCGGGUUCAGGUGCCAGAUACUGUGCCAUCAUCCAAUAAGGACCGGGAUGGUUCUCCGGCUACUGUGCGAAAGUACCGAUCUUCCUCCAUCGGCCGCUCGCCGAGAUCCGUGACACCCCGGCGGAGACAUUCCAAGAGUCCCGUGGCGACCCGGCACAAGAAGUACUUGAUCGCUGAUUCUGCCGAUUUGAGCCGCGAUUCGGCACACUUCCACGAAUUUGCCAGCGACGAACCUCAGGAGGAUGACUGGAUUCGCCACAACGUGCCAACCGCUGCCCAGCGGCUCACGAUCAACGAUACCUUGCGCAAGGAAUUCGAGAUCCGUCGGCUUGGCAGGGAAGCCGAGGAGGAGGCCUUGCAAGAGGAGUUUGAUGACGAGGUCGAGGACGACGGCGAAGAGGACCCGGACAACGUGGACGAGGACGACGAUGUCGACGGAGAUGACCUUGAUGAUUUCGAGGAUGACCAGUCUGGGUACGGCUCGGACGAUGAUCUCUCUGACGGAUACAACACCGACAAUGAGAUCGGGUUUGCCGAUUCGGAUGGCGACGAUGAUGCCGACGACCUGGAACUAUGGACCCACGGUCAGGCAUCGACGCUGCAACUGUCCGGAGCCACACCUACUGCCCGGCGUCCUUCCCUCGGAGGCAACAGGUCCGAUUCUUCCUCGUCAUCAGAAGCCCCUACCAGACGCCCAGCAUCGCGAGAGAAGACUCGUCGCAUCAAGAUCCGGCCGGGUACUCCCGAGCUGCCUGACAGCACUGAUUUCGUGUGUGGCACCCUGGACGAGGACCGGCCUUUGGAGGAUGCGUACAUGUCGUGCAUUGCCCAGAAAAGGCGAGAGAAGCUCCACGUGAUCCCGCAGGACAUCGACCCCAGUUUUCCGACCUCUGAGCCAGAGGAUGAGGAGGAAGAUAAGGCGGCACACGAGACCGACGAUCACGUGUGGAUCCACGGCGAGCUGGAGGACUUGCACCAUGAGCAUGAGAGAGCAGACCGCCGCAAGAAGAGGAGCAACAACAACUCGCCCAAGCGAUACCGUUCUCCCCCUCCCAAGCGUCACCACUCGCCUGCUCCCAAGGGCCGAGGAAGAUCGCCCCGACGACUCUUCGACCGACACUCGCCUCGACGGCUGGUAUCGCCAGCUCUCCCGUCGGGUCGAGGAAUCAGGUCGCCACCCGCCUCGCCCCUGACGGCGGCCCAUGGAGCUAUUGACUUCAAGACAUUGGCGGCCAAGCCUGGGCUCACGCACACCAAGUCUCUCCCCCGACCGCCCGCGCUGUUCCCCGGCAACAUGAAGGGGCAACGCCGCAGACAGGCAGCCUACACGGGAGCUCGCGGACACGUCCGCGGGGCCAUCGACAUUGUCAAGGGCCUGGAGCACAAGCGCCAGCGACGGAGGGAGAAGUAUAUUCAAAAGCACUGCAACCGGGCCCGCAAAGGGCAGGUUGCGGCCAAGAGGCCCGAACCCGGCAAGGGAGCCCAGCGGAUGCGAGAGCUGGGUCUUCACAUGGCCGGCAAGCAUGGACCGGAUCACUACGUGCUCUCCAUUUGA